AGAGAGAGAGAGAGAGAGAGAGAGAGAGAGAGAGAGAGAGAGAGAGAGAGAGAGAGAGAUGCUGUUUACAUAGUCAUGAACAAUUCCUGAGUAAAACGAGAGAGAACUUGUUGGAAGGAUGGUGUCAUUCCUUUUUCCACACUGAAACGCACAGGGGGAGGGUCUAAUAGCUGAAGAGGGGAAGCGAGAAAGAGAAGUUACCAUUACAGUCAACUCUUACUCAGCCUGGACCAAGAGAAAAAGAAGAGCACAGCGAAGAGGGGGAAGGAAAAGAGAAAGACAUAUUGCAACUGCAUUACUAGGACUCACGUCGGUGGGGUCCCGCCGUUUCCCCCUCGCCGAGAGGCCGCGUAGUGACCGUGAACGCACCGCUCCGAGAGGCCGCGUAGUGACCAUGAACGCACCGCUCCACCAGCUGAUGGACCCCGCGGAUAAGGAAGGGGCGAUGCGGAAGCUCCGACAGGAAGUCCAGCUCAGAGAAAAGUUGACAACGCUAGCGACUCAGCGGGUCUCUUGUUUUAAUUCAGAGAGGAGCGCACAUAACAGACUGCAUGACAGCACCGAGGAUCCGUCUGCUUUGCCACGCGAGAUAAAUACACAAGAUGGAGGACUCCAGCAGCAGCAAGCCGUUCAUGGUGACAUCCUCUCUGAACUUCAAAGUCACCACCCCGUCCUUCUACAACCAGCCAAAGAAGUUUGCCUCUGUGUCAGCACCGCGGCCCAAAAGCCUGACACCUCCCUCAGCUCCAUCACCGACACCAGUAGGCACAGCUGUGAUUGGUCGAGUGGGAGACCUCCCUCCACCGCCCCCUUCGCUCUGUGAUGACUUCCCACCCCCCCCUCCUCCUCCACUGGAUGAUGAUUUGCCAGCCCCUCCCCCCGAAUGCCAAGCCACACCCCCUGCCUUUGAGGCCCCCCCUCCUGCCUUUCCCGCUCCACCUCCAGUAGCAGAUGACCUGCCCCUCCCAGCUCCCCCUGAGGAGAGUGACUGUCCGCCCUCCUUUCCGUCUCCCCCUCCUCCCCCACCCCCUCCACCUCUCCCUGCCUCCGGUACCAGUAUUCCCAAUGCUGCUGGAAACCCACAGAGACUGGUGGAGAAGCAGACGAGCUUCGAUAAACAGCUCGACUCUCUAACUGACUUGCUGUCUGAGAUGGAGACCAGGGGACCUUAUACCCCUAAGUUACCGAGCAGUAUUCAAUAUUCUCAAGCACCAGCACCAGCACCAGCACCCAAGCCUUCAGCUCCUCCCCCGACUGCUCCUAAACCAGCUCUCUCCUUCCUCCCACCCCCUGAGAUGGGAGACCGCCCUCCACCAGCACCCUGGGCAGAAGAACUCAAAGCCAGAACAAACCGACAAGCCAAUCACAACUCCGCCCCAAACUCUGCUCCUCAGCCGUUUGCUAAAGCCCCGGCUGUGGCCCCAAAGUCUGGUUUCGGAGGGAGAACGGCAACGUCAUCAACCUCUCUGGCCCAGAAACUGAACCAGAACCUGAACCAGAACACCGCACCAAUCAGUGUUGCACCUAAACCUUCACCUCCAUCUGCCACCAGCUCUUUUCCUCCACCUCCUGUAGCUCCCCCUGCACCUCCUACCUUACCAAACAAUAUGGCAGCUGCCCCGGCCUCCAAUCACAUAAAGAGUUCCCCCUUUGCAAGUCAGGUGAAUGCAAACCAGAACCCUCCUGCUGCUCUGCCUCCUCCUCAACCCAAGAUGAUGGCAUCUCUCCCUUCCUCUAUGAACCAGCCGAUGAAAACACCUUCUGCAUCAACACAGCCCUCACCCCCUGGCCCAGUUCCUAUCCCAGGUGGAGGUGUUGCUCUGAAUAUGAGAGAAGUGGAGGAGCUAGAGAGAAUGACCAAGGACUUCAUUAAAGACAUGGACACACACGCACCUGUCAUCACCUCCUCUCCUUCAGAGGUCUGUGGGAAGUGUGGCGAGGCUCUGUCCCGCACCCAGCCCGCAGUGAGGGCCAUGGAUAAACUCUUCCACUCAAACUGCUUCUGUUGCAUGAGCUGCCAUCGCCCCCUGCAGGGCAUGCAGUUCUAUGACAGGGAUGGCGCACCUCAGUGUGACGACUGCUACACGAGUUCCCUGGCAGUGUGUUCCCGGUGUGGGGAGAGGAUCACAGACCGUGUGCUGAAGGCAGUGGGCCAGUGUUUCCACUCCCACUGUUUCCGCUGCAGCACCUGUUCCUGCACACUUGAGGGGGCGCCCUUCAUCACUGAUGACAACAACAACCCCUACUGUGUCCAGGAUUACCACAGGCGUUUCUCCCCUCUGUGUGUGAGCUGCAAUGAACCCAUUAUUCCAGCCCAGGGCAGCGAGGAGACCGUCAGAGUCGUGGCUCUUGACAAGAACUUCCACCUUAAGUGUUACCGUUGUGAGGAUUGUGCUCGCCCUCUCUCCAUAGAAGCGGAUGAAAAUGGCUGCUAUCCAUUGGAUGGUAAGAUCCUGUGUAUGAAGUGCCACACCCAGCGAGCCAAGCAAGCUGCGCAGUGAUUGGCUGAAGCAACGUGACUCAGAUUAACUAUGAACCAAAAUCCAAAAGCACAGGAUUCAUUCAGCUGCUGUUUUGCCUUUGCAACAGGGCUGUAUUCAGUAUAUGUGCGCAAGUGUGAAUGUGCUGUGUGGAAAGGUAUGUUUGCAUGCAAAUACAGUGUAGUAUUCCUCGUCUUUGUUCACUUCACUUCAGUGCAGAAGUAAUGUACUGCAUUGAAAUAAACUCCCCUCAUCUUUUAUUCCCAAUCUCAAACUCUCCAAUCUCCAAUCUAGUCCUCUUUGUGUACUAGAACGUAUUUUUUGUGCCAAUUCUAUGUUUACGCUUAAAUUUCCAGCAUAACUUGCACAAGAGUAGUUUGGGCAAAAGAACAGUCUGAUGAAUAUAAAGUUGCCUUUCUUUGUCUCUAGCCUCAAUAUUGUUAGUAGCACCAUACACUGAGAUAUUUCCAUCUAAAGACUUUGACUGGCUGGUCUAUUUCCCUAUGAGCAUUGUAACUAUAGCGAUGAUACCAAGACAGAUUGUUACCAUAGGGUGAGGAGAACCACAGACCUCCCAUUUUACCACUCUGGCUGUUGGUAGAGCAUAUCUUUAACACUUUGGCAGGAGUUGUGCCUGCAAGCAUGGUUAAUUAUGCUUUCCUGCCUAGAAAGGGCUUCAUAUCAGCCAACUCUACAGCAUUUUAAAGUCAUCUAGGGCGAAACAUUGACAAAAAAAGAUAAAAACAGUAAAUGUUGCUCUUAGUUUUUUGUGAUGUGAAUUUGAUCAUUUACAGGCAUGCUUAGAAAUAUGUCUCGUUGCUCUCUUCUUUGAUUAUACAGACUGUAUAAGGGCAAGAUUAGAACAAAAAUCAGCCAUUUUCUUAAAAAUGGUUUGGAGCUGAUCUAACUGUAUUUUAAGAUGCAUGCUUUUUGGAUGCACACAUUUUGACGAGCACAAAUUUCAUUGCAGGGAUAAUACAUUUUUUAAAACGUGGUUAUAAAUGCCAGCUGCAUGGCUGAAAGCAGGACCUAUCAUGUGACCGUUGCACAGUUCCAUAGUGAAAUAAAAUAGCCUUUAAGUGUCACUUUGACUCUAAAGCCCCCGCACAUGAUCAAUUUUGUAUUUGUAGACACCAUUGUGAAACAUAAUAGUAGCUUUUGAUAUGCAUUUCCUUGGAAUCCCUUGCUUUAAAUAAUAUAAUUGAUAGAUCUUUUUUUAAUUAAGUAGUAAGUAUGUGUGCCAGUACUACAAUAACCAUUAAAUCAGGAUAAUAGACCAGUAGAGGCAAUAGCUUAGUUUCAAAGAACAGAUGUUACAACAUGGUGACCAAAUAUGUCAACGUUCAAGAUGUUUCUCACCUCCUUUUGUGUUUGAGCCCAGUUUUUUUGGUCUUGAUCCAUUCUAUUAUUACAGUAAAUACCACUAUUCUUUCUAUUAUUCCUCUUUUGUACUUAAGUCUGAUCAUGUUGGUUAUAUACUAUUUUAGUCCUAUCUUACUGUACUGUAUUUCGUUGAUAAAUGCUUACAAUUAAUUGUUUUCAUUUUGAACCUGGAGAUGUGCCUUCUCCACUAUUCAUUCCACAAUAAAACAGUUGUUACUUGUGCUUGCAUUGAGCCUGGUGCACUAUAUCACCAGAAUGACUAACAUGGAAAUAGUUAUUCAGCAUUGCAUGUGAUCUGUGUAGGUGUUGGUGGCAUUUCUUCUAGUAUAAUGUCUUUCGUUUGCACCAACUAUUCCACCUUUGUGGCUCUGCCUUUGUCAUCACUAUGUGAUUGUAAACGUAUGAUGAUGCCUUUACAGUUGCAUUUAUCUGGCGUUGUGUUGUGUUAUGUCCUAUUGUAAUACAUGCGGAUGCCUUGUCUUUUAAUAACUUUUUUAUGAAUUCCUGUUUGAUAUGUGUAUAUGUUUAAAACAUUAUUUAGCCCCAUCCCUCCCCCUUUGGCUGUAUUAAAUAAAUAAAUAAAUAAAUAGAACGCUAAAUA